AUGAGGGCAGAGUGUGUGUGUGUCUGUGUGUCCCCACACCGUGUACGCGCUGACCUGGGACCUCCCGGCCCCUCUCCUUUGCUUGCAGAGGCUCUUCUCGAGCAGGCCAUGAUCGGGCCGUCACCGAACCCUCUCAUCUUGUCCUACCUGAAAUACGCUAUCAGCUCCCAGAUGGUGUCUUACUCCACGGUCCUGACGGCCAUCAGCAAGUUUGACGACUUCUCCCGGGACCUGUGUGUCCAGUCGCUGUUGGAGAUCAUGGACAUGUUCUGCGACCGCCUCAGCUGCCACGGCAAAGCAGAGGAGUGCAUCGGCCUCUGCCGGGCGCUGAUGAGUGCCCUCAACUGGCUCCUGCGCUGCGCGGCCUUCUACGCCGACAAGGUGAAGGAGACGCUGGAGCAGGUGGCAGCUGAGAGCCAGCUGAAGAUGUGUCUGGAGCGGCUGGAGAAGAUGCUCGGCAGCGCCAAGAACCGCGCCCUGAUCCACAUCGCGAAGCUGGAGGAGACGUCCUCCUGGAGCACUGUGGAGCAGUCCCUCGUCAAGCUGGGGGAGAGCCUGAACAGCCUCAGCAACUCCCCGCUGCGAAGCCAGGCUGAUGACUGCAUCUCCCUCAUCAAGAGCAUCCCCACCAUGCUCUCAGUUCACUCCGAGCAGCUGAACAAGACCGGCUUCCCCACCGUGCAUGCCGUGGUGCUGCUGGAGGGGACCAUGAACCUCACAGGAGAGACCCAGCCACUGGUGGAGCAGCUGAUGAUGGUGAAGAGGAUGCAGCGCAUCCCCUCCCCGCUCUUUGUGCUGGAGAUCUGGAAGGCCUGUUUUGUGGGCCUCAUCGAGUCCCCGGAGGGCACGGAGGAGCUGAAGUGGACAGCCUUCACCUUCCUGAAGAUCCCCCAGGUCCUGGUUAAACUCAAGAAGUAUCCCCAAGGGGAGAAGGUGAGUCUCGAGGGCUGUUGAUUGGAGCUGUUUGCCGAAUGCUGUCCCUCGGGCUAGCGCUCUCCUCUCUCUUUCAGCUGCGACUGCACGAGUCUGCUCCUGCAGGAGUGCAGCAAGCAGGGGCUGCUUUCGGAGGCCAACAUGACCAACCUGAUUACCAAACGGACGGCGGACAGAGAACACGCUCCGCGCCUGAAAUCGGCAGAAAACGCCAACAUCCAGCCAAACCCGGGGCUCAUCCUGAGGGCCGAGCCGACUGUCACCAACAUCCUGAAGACCAUGGAUGCGGAUCACUCCAAGUCCCCCGAGGGCUUGCUGGGGGUCUUGGGUCACAUGCUGUCUGGAAAGAGCCUGGACUUGCUGCUGGCAGCGGCAGCAGCGACGGGCAAGCUGAAGUCCUUUGCUCGGAAGUUCAUCAAGCUGAACGAAUUCACGAAGCACAUCAGCGGAGAAGGCUCCAAAGCAGCCUCGGUUCGGGCCCUGCUCUUCGACAUCUCUUUCCUCAUGCUGUGCCAUGUGGCCCAGACCUACGGCUCGGAGGUGAUCCUGUCGGAGUCGAGCCCGGCGGGCGAGGUGCCCUUCUUCGAGACCUGGAUGCUGACCUGCAUGCCCGAGGAGGGGAAGAUCCUCAACCCCGACCACCCCUGCUUCCGUCCCGACUCCACCAAGGUGGAGUCCCUGGUCGCCCUCCUCAACAACUCCUCCGAGAUGAAGCUGGUGCAGAUGAAGUGGCACGAGGCAUGUCUGAGCAUCUCAGCCGCCAUCCUGGAGAUCCUCAAUGCCUGGGAGAACAGCGUCCUCACCUUUGAGUCGAUCCAGAAAAUCACAGACAACAUCAAGGGGAAGGUGUGCAGCAUGGCGGUGUGCGCGGUGGCCUGGCUGGUGGCCCACGUCCGCAUGCUGGGCUUGGAUGAGCGGGAGAAGUCCCUGCAGAUGAUCCGGCAGCUGGCCACCCCCCUGUACGGCGAGAACACGCUGCAGUUCUACAAUGAACGCGUGGUGAUCAUGAGCUCCAUCCUGGAGCACAUGUGCGCGGACGUCCUACAGCAGACAGCCACGCAGAUCAAGUUCCCCUCCACGGGCAUGGACACCAUCCCCUACUGGAACCUGCUGCCCCCCAAGAAGCCCAUCAAGGAGGUGCUGACAAGCGUGUUCACCAAGGUGCUGGAGAAGGGCUGGGUCGACAGCCGCUCCAUCCACAUCUUCGACACCCUGCUGCACAUGGGGGGCGUCUACUGGUUCUGCAACAACCUGGUCAAGGAGCCCACGCUGCGGGCCGUGGAGCUGCUGUAUGCCAUCUUCUGCCUGGACAUGCAGCAGCUGACGCUGACCCUGCUGGGCCACAUCCUGCCCAACCUGCUCACGGACUCCUCCAAGUGGCACACCCUCAUGGACCCGCCGGGAAAGGCCCUGGCCAAGCUCUCCGUCUGGUGUGCCCUGAGCUCCUACUCCUCCCACAACAAGGGCCAGGCAUCCGCCAGGCAGAAGAAGAGGCACCGAGAGGAUAUUGAGGAUUACAUCAGCCUGUUCCCGCUGGAUGACACGCAGCCCUCCAAGCUCAUGCGCCUGCUGAGCUCCAACGAGGAAGAUGCCAACAUCCUCUCCAGCCCCAAUCGCUCGAUGAGCAGCUCGCUCUCUGCCUCCCAGCUCCACACCGUCAGCAUGAGGGACCCGCUGAACAGGGUGCUAGCAAACCUCUUCCUGCUCAUCUCUUCCAUCCUGGGGGCCAAGACGGCCGGCACCCACACCCAGUUUGUCCAGUGGUUCAUGGAGGAGUGCGUGGACUGCCUGGAGCAGGGCAGCCGCGGCAGCAUCCUCCAGUUCAUGCCCUUCACCAUGGUUUCGGAGCUAGUGAAAGUGUCCACCAUGUCCAGUCCCAAAAUUGUCCUGGCCAUCACGGAUCUCAGCCUGCCCCUGGGCCGCCGUGUCGCUGCCAAGGCCAUCGCUGCUCUGUGAGUGGGGCACCUCUCUUCUGCUGCGCAGGAGAGGGCUGCAGGGCAGCCGCUGGGAAACCCACGAGAACCUGGAUGCUGGGGCUGGGACUGGGAUGCCUGGGACUGCCUCUCUCUGUCACUGCGGGCCCGGCCUGGCCCUGCCCGGGGGCUGCUUCCCUCUGCGUUUGGCCUCCCAGAGGCAUCCCCUUGCUGCCUCGCGAUGGGCUUUCAGAGACUGAGACAAACCCCCUGCU